AUGCGUCUUGAUGAGAGGUACGUUCCGUACUUGCAGAUGGCCGGCUUGUACCAUCUUGCGAGACUGAACGACAGAUGGUUCCGACUAGACGAGCCCCUAGUCAGUGCAUUCGUCGAGAGGUGGCGGCCUGAGACGCACACCUUCCACAUGCCGUUCGGAGAGUGCACCAUCAUGCUGCAGGACGUCGCAUACCAGCUGGGGUUGCCGGUGGACGGUCAUUAUGUUAGUGGUUGCCUAACAGACUUCCACCUAUACAUUGAGGGUGGGAGGCCUGCUUGGACGUGGUUCCAUGAGUUGCUCGGUGUCUUACCUCCUGAAAACCAAAUUCAAAAAUUCGUAGUGAACUGCACAUGGUUCCAGGAGACAUUUGGAGAGUGUCCCGACGGGGUUGAUGAGGAGACAAUGGCUACCCUUUGUUGCUAG